CGCCAUACUUUCACUGUCCGAUCACCUUGCAGUCGCAUUUUACUGCAGUUGUCUCCCGAUUUCCACUGUUCUAUCAUGAUCUCUCGAAGCGACAUGACUCCAACAGGCUAUAGCCGGCUUCUACUGUAGCGCAUUCGGCACGAUUACCCAGGGUCUUGACCUCUCCGCCCGUGCUGUUGAUGCUCUAUUCGACCCUUUGAACACCUUCCGUUACACUGUACACCAUGGCUGCGAAGAGAAAGGCUGCUGCGAUGGCUUCGGCCGGAGAUGAAGAGCCGGUUGAUCCUUCAGAUGAACUCAUCUUCAUUGGUCUUGGUGGAUGUCAAGAGGUUGGACGAUCAUGCCACAUUCUCCAAUACAAGGGCAAAACGGUUAUGCUCGACGCCGGUAUGCAUACUGGACGAGAAGGAAUGUCAGCCAUGCCCUACUUUGAUGACUUUGAUCUGAGCACCGUGGAUAUUCUAUUGAUCAGCCAUUUCCAUCUCGACCAUGCGGCUGCCCUACCCUAUGUACUCGCGAAGACCGAUUUCAAGGGCCGAGUCUUCAUGACACAUCCUACUAAAGCAAUCUACAAAUGGCUCAUUCAAGAUUCGGUCAGAGUGAGCAAUACCUCGUCCACCUCCGACCAGCGAACUUCAUUAUAUACGGAAGCCGACCACAUUUCGACGUUACCGCAAAUCGAAACGAUUGACUUCUACACGACACAUACAGUCUCCGGUGUCAGGAUAACACCGUAUCCAGCUGGCCAUGUACUCGGAGCGGCCAUGUUUCUCAUCAACAUUGCUGGACUCAAUGUCUUCUUUACCGCCGACUAUUCAAGAGAGCAAGACCGCCAUCUUGUGGCUGCCGAAGUACCAAACACAGCAACCGUGGGAAAGAUUGAUGUUCUCAUAACCGAAUCAACUUUUGGUAUAUCAAGCGCACCUCCUCGUGCAGAAAGAGAAACUGCACUGCUCAAAGCUGUCUCCAAUGUGUUAAAUCGUGGAGGCAAGGUCUUGAUGCCUGUCUUUGCUCUCGGCCGAGCGCAAGAACUCCUUUUGAUUCUCGAAGACUACUGGCAGCGGCACCCGGAGCUGCAAAAGAUCCCAAUCUAUUACACAGGAAACACCGCACGAAAAUGUAUGGUAGUUUAUCAAACCUACAUUAACGCCAUGAAUGAUAAUAUCAAGCGAAUAUUCCGAGAGCGCAUGGCCGAAGCUGAAGCAGCUGGGAACGCGAAGGGCGUCAGCGCUGGACCAUGGGACUUUCGUUUCGUGCGAAGCUUGCGUAAUCUGGAUAGGUUCGAUGAUGUGGGCGGAUGCGUGAUGUUAGCCUCACCGGGUAUGCUGCAAUCAGGCAUGUCGCGCAUACUACUGGAGCGGUGGGCUCCAGACCCGCGCAAUGGUGUCCUCAUGACAGGUUACAACGUAGAGGGCACCAUGGCGAGAACUAUCCUGUCAGAACCGGAAAUGAUACCGGCCAUCAUGAGUGGCGGCAAUGCCGGUGUCGGUCAGAACAUGGGCCGAAAGACUAAAGAUGAAGACGCAGCAGUGAUGAUUCCUCGCCGGUGUACCGUUGAAGAAUUUCAAUUCGCAGCACAUGUCACUGGCGUGGAGAAUGUCGAGUUCAUCGAGCAAGUCGCAGCUCCUCAUGUCAUUCUGGUUCAUGGUGAACGAUCACAAGCGGCCAGACUACGAUCAAGACUCCUAGAUCUGAAUUCUCGACGAUUAGCAAGCAAUCCCAAGGCACACCAGACCAAAGUCUACAGCCCAGAAAACGGUGCUGAGAUCAAGAUACCAUUCAGAAAGGACAAAGUUGCAAAAGUUGUGGGCAGGCUGGCUCAGAUCCCCCCUCCGAGCUCAGAUACUGACGACACAAGAGUCGUUAGCGGAGUUUUGGUGCAGAAUGGGUUCAAGCUCAGUUUAAUGGCUCCUGAAGACCUGCGAGAAUAUGCGGGCCUUACCACUACGUCCAUUUUGUGCCGACAACACAUUACCCUUGCCGCAGCUGGAAUUGAACUCAUUAGAUGGGCCCUUGAAGGUACAUUCGGCAGUAUUGAGGAAGUCGGGCAGAUCAAAGCCGAGACAAAUGGGCAUUCUGAGCAGAAUGGCGUGAAAGGUGAAGAAGAAGCUGACGAGGAGAUAGUGGCAGAGCCGCCACGGACGUUCCUCAUUAUGGGCUGUGUCUCCCUCAGAUGGUCAGGACGUGAGAAACAGAUUGAACUUGAAUGGGAAGGAAACACCAUGAAUGACGGAAUUGCCGACGCUGUUAUGGCAGUGUUGAUGACCGUCGAAAGCAGUCCUGCGGCAGUCAAAUACUCGUCAUCGAAGAGUCAUCAUGCCCAUGAGGAGAGUGGCGCUCCCCACAACGAGCAUAGGAAUCUUACACCGGAAGAUAGAUUCUCGCGGCUUUGCAUGUUUCUCGAGGAACAAUUUGGCGAUAAGAUCACCCCAAUCGAAAAACCGAGAAUCUCAUAUCAACCCGACAGCAAAACAGCAGAUGCAGAGGCAAAAGAGGAAUCAUCGGAUGAGGAAGCAGAUAUUGAGGGUGCCGAGGCAGCUGAGCGCGCCAGGCUGGCCGCAAUGGGGAUACCCGUCCCUGGACUGGAAAUCCGAGUCGACAAGAACGUCGCAAAGCUUUGGUUGGAACAUUUGGACGUUGAAUGCGCCAACGCUGUUCUGCGUGACAGAGUCAAAGCUGUGGUGGAAAGAGCCGUGGAGACUAUAGCUCCUCUCUGGACGGUCCGCGAACAGCCAAAGGGCCAAAUCGCUUGAAAAUGAAGAUGCUCUACCUACACCGCUGCCAUUCAGUCUGACGACGAAGUGUCCAGGACACCUACAAUGCAGAGGUGACCCAAAUAGAGAGCGUAAGAAAGAUUUCCACGCACGUUCGAGAAGGAAGCAGAACGCCUGACAAGCUAGAUGAUUCGGUGAUUUAGAUAUCGGAUGGGGCGAUGUAAGCUUACUAGUACAUAGUAGUCAAGUGUACGAGGUGCGUGGACGUGUGUCAGGCCACAGUCACACCUCGGCACAAAAUGCGAUGUAUGCGACGACAAGUAUCACCC